GAAGGUGUUAUUCAGAUACUAUUCAAACUUCUAAUUUUUCUUAUUUCAAUGACCGCGUGGCACUUUACUGGUCCGCCCGGAAGUCUGAUCAUAUACAAGGAACAAGUAUGUAUGUAUUUAACUUUUAUCCAAUUCCUCGUAAAUCAAUCAACUUCCGAAGUGAUGUUGAUGAUCUUGGAUUUUUACGUCCAUGGUCUCCACAGGAAGAGAGUGGAUGCAAAAAGCAGUACGAAGCGUGGUAUUCAUCAUAUCUUCCGAUUGUCGUACGAAGACGGUGUCGAUGGGAAAAAGAGAAUCCGAGAAGAAAUAGCCAUUUGUUGCAACGAUUUGUUCGAAAGGGAAUUCCACAUACAUUUCGUAAAGAACUUUGGCUCAGAAGUUGCCCAUCACGUGCUGACGGAGUUUGGCAGAGGCAUGAGGUUCCAGAUGAAGUGAUCAAGCAAAUUAAACUUGAUCUUCCAAGAACAUUUCCAGAUAACAAGUUUCUGAAAACAGAAGGAACUCGUAAAACAUUGGGAAGAGCAUUGUUCGCGGUUGCUGAGCACAUUCCAAGUGUUGGUUACUGUCAAGGAUUAAACUUUGUGGCUGGAGUGAUUCUUCUUGUUGUUAAUGAUGAAUCUCGUGCUAUUGAUCUUCUUGUUCAUCUAGUCUCACAACGUCAGGAAUAUUACGGGAAAAAUAUGAUUGGGCUUCGUAGAGACAUGCAUGUUUUGCAUUCAUUGCUCCGUGAGCAUUGUCCUCGUGUAGUUGUGACUCUUGAAAAAUUAGAUGUUGGAUUGGAUAUGCUUGUGGGAAAAUGGUUUGUAUGCUGGUUUGUGGAGAGUCUUCCAAUGGAGACAGUUCUUCGUUUAUGGGAUUGCUUGAUUUACGAAGGAGAUGAAUGGCUAUUCAGAAUUGCAGUGGCUCUAUUCCGUUCAAAUAUGAUUGCAAUUUCAUCGUGUGAAUCUAUUGAUCAACUAAUGACAGAAGUUCAAAAUAUUGGAACAAGUAAAGCAGCUCUCUAUUGCCAUCAACUUAUACUUAAAAGUGCUGCUCUUUCGAUUACAAAUAAAUCAAUUGAAGCACUACGAGCCGAUGCUGAACUUGCAAUUCCAGAGUGAAAACGACUUUUUAGAAAUGACAAGUGUUCGAUGAACCGCUACUUAACUCUUUUUUAAUCAUAUAACAAUCAACAUUCCUGUUGUAAUACGUAUUUCUACCACUUCAUAAAUACAUUUAUUAGAUCAAUAUUCAUAAAUGAAAGUUUAUUUGAAAUUUAUCCACACGUGUUACCCAUUAUUUGAAAUAAUAUUUGGGAUUGCCAAUAAUAAACAAUUUGUUCGGAAAAU